UCAUUCAAACGCUCGGCGGCAAUUUACUUCCGUGUGUGCAGAGAGCUCUGUGAUACACAAAAGGAGAAAUAAUUUAUUGAUUUUGAGGUAGUUGUAGGUCGUGGAACUUAUGAAAGUACCGUCACUGGUGCUGCUGUAUAACGAAGGCAUGAUUUGGUUUUCUUGCUAGUAAUUCUGUUACUUUAAAGUCAGUUUUAGAGUCAAGACAAGGCCUUUUGUUUUUUGUUAGCCGUGUGGAUGACAUGCAGUGACUGAAUCUGAGCGAAGAAGGCGCCCAGCACUGUACUGGUAGUGGUAGACGUUCCUCAGCCUAGGCUCAACUUCCAAGCUUAACUUCAUUUCCUCGUUCAAGUCAAAGUCAAUCUGCUUUAGAGUUCUGUUAAAGCUAGUCAUCCCUGAAUCAAGCUGGAUCAUUUGGACGAGUGUGAUACCAUGGAACGCAACAAGAAGAAGCUAACGUUGCCACUAAGCAGCGACAACAUAUUCUCACCAUGCUUCUCCCAGACCCAGGCCAGUCCAAUCACAGCAUUAUCAAUGUCAAUGGUCACACUCUCGUGCAUGGGUGGUACACCCAAGAGAAGACUGUCAAUGUCAAGUAUAGAUGAAACUUCUCCUGCCCCUCCAAGUUUGUCGAGGCAUUCCUCACAUAGCUCUGGUGUGAGUGUAGGAACCCCAAGCCCAUGUGAAUCCCCUCUUAUUCAUGGACAAUUUCAACCAAUCAACCCCUCCGAUGAACAACACGAAUCAACACGGCAUAGUACUCAGUUUAGACGGUUCAACUCAAUGCCACUGCGGUUACAGCAACACCAGGACAGCCCAUCGCUUCAGAUGUUCCAUAGACCAAGGUUAAUACGACAGCAAGGGCUUGUCGAGUCCAGGAAGGAAGGAGAAAUGGAAGAAGGAUUAUGGAUGAAACCAGCUGGCAGAAGGAAAGACAGUGAUAGUGAGAAGGAAGUAGAAGAGGGAAAAACUGAUAAUAUAAAGCUUGACCUACCAUCCCCUGAUGAAGUUGAAGAAGCAACCUUACCAUCAGAAGCAUUCACCUUCGUUAUGCCCAAACCUCUGUCCUCUCGGCAAGCCUCGUCAAGAUCAUCUCUGAGUUUUGCACCAGCAGGAUCUAGACCAAUAUCAGCUCCAGCCACACUGCUUGAUGGUGAGGAUGAGGAUGAUGUUAUUGAACUUCAAGAGGAUCGUCUAACAAGCUCCCAUGAUGAUGAUGAUGAUAACGAUGAUGGAUUCUUGGAUUGCUUUGAACCAUAUUCACAAGAGGGUUCUUCCUCUGCACCUGAUGGAUUAGCUGGUUUAAUCCAUGGGACCCUCAUCAAUCCCACCAAGACGAACUGGUCUCCAAGCCAUGUAUCUUCAGCUGAAUCCUCCCAGUCAGAGAACGCUCUGCAUCGUGGCGCAGACUGCAACGCUCUGCGAACAACGCCCUCUGGUGCUCCCAGAUGCAGGAAGGGCAUCUUCAAGGUUCCCAGUCAACCAGUACUAGCCAGGCGAAACUCAUCCUUCCUUAAGCGCACAGAGCGCCCCCAGGACACGCCCAGUCCUAUUCAAAACAAACGUCCCCGCAGCUCAUCUGUUGCAAGUCCUCAAAUCACCAUUCAUCAACAGGCAGAAAAGAAGACGUCACCAAAGAGCAGGUCCUGUCUCAAUCGCUCUCUGUCCAUGCUGUCCCCUAACGAUCCCUACUUCAGGAGAAUUGACCAGGCUUUAUCAGUAGAGGGCAGUCAAAAUAACUUAACGGGAGAUCGUACAAAGGCUUGCUGUCUACCAUUGGUUACAGGCAAACAGAAGGAUCUAAAGUGUAUUAGUCCAGAGACAAUGAAUUGCCUACUCAGGUCAGAAUACAGCCAGGAGAUUGGUGAAUGUCACGUCAUUGACUGUAGAUAUCCAUAUGAAUUCAAUGGAGGACAUAUAAAGGGUGCAAUCAAUAUCUAUGAAGAGUCAGAACUGAAGAAGAAGUUCCUUGAGAACCCUCUACCACCGCUCCCGCACAACAGGAGACGGGUCUUUGUCUUUCAUUGUGAGUUUUCAUCUCAACGAGGUCCCAAGAUGCUUCGUUUCCUCCGUACUCAGGACCGUUCAGCAAACCUUGAGAACUAUCCGGCUCUCUAUUAUCCUGAGCUCUAUCUACUCAAUGAAGGUUACAAGGCUUUCUAUGAACACAGCACAGAAUUUUGUGAACCCCGAACCUACACCCCAAUGAACCACGAUGAUCACCUUGAAGAACUCCGAUACUUCAGGGCUCGGUCAAAGUCAUGGACGGAGAGGAGUAGACUGAAGAUACGCUCCCAGUCUCUCUUCUAACAUCGGUCUGUCGCCCUCUUGAGAUGAGAUCAGGAUAGUGAGCCACAAUCCAACACCUUUAAUGAACUUUGAUGACCGCUGUAUAGAGUGCCUGGUCAAAGUCAUGAAUGGAGAGGAGUAAGACCUAACAUACGCUUCCAGUCUCUCUUCUAACCUGUAUGUCGCCCUCUUGAGAUCAGAUCAAGAGAGCUAAAAGAUAUAGAUGGAUCUUUAAAGGUACUGCUCUCAUGCAGAUAUGUGUGUGAUCUCUUGUCUUAAUACAAUUUUGCAUUCUUAUCCUCUCCUUGUUUUUUUUACCCCUUUAUAUGAAGUUUGCAAUAGGGAAAUCAAAUAUUACGGGUAAGGAAGUGAAUUAUUUUCCUAUACUUUCCUAUUCCUAUGUGUCAUUACCCACCAUAAUUGAUAUUGAUAUAUUUACACCUGUAAGUAUAAGAUCCUAUUGUAAUUCACAAUAUUCCCCACUAUUCUGAACUAGCAAUAAUUUGUUGGAAUGUAAUGUGUUAAAAAAAUUUUUUUUACCUUUUAUAUUAAGAAGAUAAUUUUCAAAAUUUAUUCUGCCCUUAAUCCUAAUUUGCGUGGCAAUUUUUUUGUAUCUUGUCGCUCACUGACUUUUUACUUUCAAGUCUCACACAACUUUUGAGACCAAAAUUGCUACUCCCAGGUAAGCGGUUCUGUAAUUAUGCAAUAUUUUGGAAGUGCAUGCAGACCAAAAAUUGCUCAAAAACAUGAAUUCUUUUUACUUAUCCAAUGCAGAUAGUUUUUUUAGCCAAAAUUCAUAAAUGUAUCAUUAUUUUUCCUUUUACUGAUUAAAAGACAAUGUUGAGAAUACCACCCCAGCUGUCUCUUGAUAUGUCAUAAUGAUUUUAGAUAUCUUCACCUUUCCUAUGUGACCCUAGAUUAGGGUGGUAAUUUAGGGGGAGUUUUCAGAAUAUUGUAAGGAUAAAGGCUAUAGUUUUAUAUAUUUUUUAUAAUAUUUUGAUAGGUUAUAUGUGUUGGUUUUCUAUGGGAGCUGUUAUCCCGAAGAAUUCAAGAGAACUAUGGAAUUUAAUUGAUAUAUACAUAUCAGGAAUAUUUUAAAUAACUAAUUGGUAGUUUACUCUCUUUUUAUUUUCUGGUAAAGUAAGGGCUGAUAUUAAUGUUCAUUACCAAAAUGUUAUAUCCCUUUUCAGGUAUUUUUUUGUGUCAAAAUCACAAAAUAUAAGCUAGUCUAGUUUAAGUCAUCAUUUUGACUAAUUUUCAAGAAAAUUUAAUCUUACUUUAAUUUCAGAGAUUCCUAGCUCAGAAUAGUAAAAAAUACAUUUUUCUUUUCUUUUUUUUUUGGAUUUGAGAAAAAAACAAAUCUUAAUUUUGGAUUUAACCUUUAGAGAAAACAUGGAUUUAUUUUUUCAUAAUUAUUGUACAUGUCUGUUCACGUUUGUGGCUACGUAUUGUUUGAUGUGGUUUGAACUUUGUUUUUGUUUUUCAAUAAUUAUAUUCAUUAAUUUCAGUAGUGAUUUUUGUUUAAUGUUCCACAUCAUGUUAGCUGUAAAUAUUUGUAACUAUGAUUAGUUGACUGUUGCUAAUAUAUCUAAAGUUCAAAUUACAGAGGACAGCAAAAAGACAAAAAGACAAACAAAAUGAGAGAAAAGAAAAGGAAAUUGACAUUGAAAAAAACCAAAGCUGCCAUUGCACGAUAUGAAUUUGAUUUUCUUCCCUCUGCGUUUCAUAUCAUGGAUGACAUAGCCCUCUGGUUUCGAUUUUGCUCUUGAUAAAAGAACCUUAGAAAAAUUGAUCAGGACUCUCAUUAAUGGUUUAUUUUGAAUUCCCAUCAAUGAUUAUUUUAAAUUGUAUAUUCUAUUAUUCCAAGCAUUCUUGAUCAAUCAUGAUGAGUGGUUUUGAUAUGAUUUCUUUCAUUUUUUUUUAAUUUAAACUUAACUUAUUAUGAAACCACUAUUCAAGUUUUGAUAAUUAUGUUUAUGUCAUUGAUUUUAAUUUAAAUUAUGUUUGUCAUUAUUCUAAUUUCUCCACUCAUUUGUUCUGCCGCUAUCAUAUUGUACAAAAGAUUAAUAUAAUUGUGAAUAUUUUUAAGAGUAAAAAGAGUAUGCAAUAUGUGUAGGUGUGUAAAUAGCAAUAAAUUAUGUUCCUAUGUAAACAUUGUAUAGAAUAUUGAAUUUUUGAUAUUUAAUUGUGUCAAUAGGAUGCACUGGUAAUGGUAUUGUUUUAAUUUGGUCCACAAACUGGCAAAAUUAGCAGCUUUAUAUAUUGUCACAAUUACAAACUCGCUAUGGAAUUCUUAUUCGUGUGGGAUGUACAUGGAUUUGUGCUGCCUUAAAAAAAAUUAAUUGUUACAAAAGAUGCCCAAGAUUCUCAUCUCUUGUAUAACCCAUGUUGGGUUGUUCUUGUAGGGUCAGUUACUUAACAAAUGCAGUGUUUGAAAUCCCCUUGUCCGGUCUGCACGUGAAAACCUGAAAAUAAUACUCAGGCAUUGUUCUUGGUUUGUAUAGACUCAUGUUAGAUUGCAACCCUAUGCAGCACAUUCUUUAUUAUUUUUAUUAUUUUUAUCAUUAUUUUUGGUCUGUUUGAAUGAGGGGGUUUCUUUGAUGUGAGGAAUCAUUGUAUGUAGUCUUUUUGGUACAGAAUGGGUAUAUUUUAUAACUAAACUUCUGUUUUAAUUUUAUUGAAAACGUCCAUAUUUGGAUUGAGUCUACAGACCCCAAGGACGACUUCGAAAUGGAAUUAUUUCAUGUGUUUUAAAACUCGGCGCUCUCACAUUAAAGACAAGUUAUCUCCCUUUACCUUUCAAUUACAUAUAAAAUGAGCACUUAUUCAAAUAUCUGAGUUUGGGGGAAUUAUAUUCUUAGAAAGGUUUAGAAAUAGUAAAGUAGUCAGAAGCCAAUCAUUUAAUAAAAAAUAACAGAUCAUUAGGUAUCAGAAAUGAAAAUUUGGAAUGAAUGGGGAGGGCCUGUUUUAAGGUAUAAAGCAAAUGCUACAAUGGAUGAAAUCCUGUUAAAAUCAAUUGGCUUUUUCAAUGCGGAGGGGUCAGUUAAGUAGAUCAAUGAAAUAAGAUAUUUUAUUACCCAAAAUAUUAAUUUGCCCAAUGAUUUUAGAAGACAGAAAGAGAUAGCCUGUCGUGGCACACAAGUCUGUUGUGUGUAUUUUUUAAUGGUGUGUGUUUUGUUAUAUACCACUGCCAUGUUCAGAGAAUUUUAGUAUGAUUGAGAUAAUACCGGAAAGUGCAUCACCUUUGAACAUGUAUGUCAUACGUAAAGAAAAAAAAAUGAAUUCUAUUACUAAUUUCAAUCUAUACUGUCAAAUAGGUAACACCGACUCUGUUUUGAAUUAUAUCAGUUUUCUGCUAUCAAAUUAAUGUGAAUUUUUGGAUCUAUUGAUAUAAUGUCACUGGAAAUAACUCAAAUUACAAUAUUUUAGUCUUGACUACAGACAUGUGCUUUACUUGUUAUGUCUGGCAAUUGUCAUUUUGUUUCCAGACUAGAAAAAAAUCUAUUCUGCUCUCUUUUGCAAUUUGCCACAUGGAUAGAGAGCUUGAGAAAGACUUUCCUGUUUCAAGAUAGGCAUAUUUCAGUUAUGAAAUUGUUGUCCUCACUCAUCUUGCCUAGUCAAUUUGUCAUUAAUCUUCAAUCAUGGAGCUACUACAUUAGUAGCUUCAUGCUUCAAUGUAUCAAUGCAGUGAAUCAAUUUGUUGCACACUAUUGGCAAAAAAUCAUCUAAAGCCAGUGUAAUAAUAUCCAAAGUCGGAUUUGCUUAGAGAUGUUAGAUGAUUGACAGAAUAUGUGCUAUACAAGAAUAGAAUAUUAAUAUCAUAAAAUAAGUGGACAAACUUAAAUGCUUGGCCACAGUGUGGUGUGUAUACUUUUGUUAUGUGCUGACCGACAUAGCGAUAUGCACCAUAUUGUGCUGGUAUCGAAAUUGAACUGGGAUAGCCAAAUUCUACUUAUCGAUAGUUCUAUAUUGGCAUCAGAUAACUUUAUAUAAGAAAGAGGAGUGCGAUGGAUGGUCCAAUUUGGUGGACCAAAAGUAGCAUUUAGAUUUUUGUCAUUGAAGAUAUACAGGUAUUAAUUGGAUUAUGGACACAGAAUCACAAAUCAUGAGAUGUUGCUACCUUUAUAUAGAUAUAUUCUAGAUGAACAGUCCAGUGUCUAAGUACAGGUAACUUUGCAUAGGUCAAAUCUGUUUGGACCACAGAAAUUUAUUUUUUUUAGGAGAAAUUCAACCUACAAGAGAUGAUUUUAAUCAUCUUGACUGAAAAAACACUUCGACUGUGGCAAAUAUUUUACUUAAGGACGAUUGACUUAUGCAAAGUUAACCUGUAUUUGAAAGAUUUUCAUGUUAUUGAAAUGAAUAUUGCAUAGAGAGAUCUGUAUGCAAACAUGGAGGUUGGCAAACAGUUGCCUGACAUUGCAACUAGACUAGUGAAAGUACAGAGUUUGAAACCAAACCUUAGGAUGAAUGAAUAUAUUUGAUCACCAAGAAUAUGUCUACAAGAAGUGGAAAAUAUACCUCAGGAAUUUUAGGGGGGUUUUGUUAUAAAGCUGUAUUCAUGUAAUAUUCUUGAGUGUAUAUCUGUAUUAUUUAAGAUGUGCCAAUAAAUUUGAGACGAAUAUUGUAUAGAGCAAGUGACUUAUAUCGUAUGACAAGUACAGCAUUAUAUUCCAGUCAUAGGCUUGUACAACUCAUAUCA